AUGUUUAGCAAAGAAAAAGGUAUAACAGAUUAUAAAAAAAAGAAAAGUCGAAUAAGAGAGGUUACGAGAAAAUGCCUCAACCUUAUUGAUUUAAAGUACAAUAAUUUAACAGCUUUAAUAAAUGUAAAUAAAUCCCCUGACUUUUUAAAAAAUUAUCAUUUUAGUGAUGAUGAAAUAAAAUUUAAUUCACAGGAAUAUACAUCAACCGAUAUUUAUUUCCCAGAAAGCACUUACACAAAUAAUGAUUUUAAAAAUUUGCUAGGAUGGGUACCAAGAAAUUUGAAAAUUGAAGAGCCUAUUAGUACAGAUUCAAUUCCUUGUGCUUUUUUUUUUUCAAAUGACAACACAUUAGUAAGUGACAAAAUAAUUUUGUAUUUACACAAAUUUAAUGAAGAUCUAGGUACCAUUAUUCCAACUGUAUAUGCAUUACACAAAAAGUUAAAUAUAAAUAUAAUUGCCAUGGAAUAUUCAGGUUAUGGUGCAAGCUUUGAUAAUUAUGAACAGAAGCUUGUAUCUAUUGUAAAUGAUUCUUUUACUAUUUUAAAAUUUAUUGUCAAUUCUUUAAAAAUUUCACAUAGUAAUGUAUAUAUAUUAUCUUACGAAUUUUUGGCUAGUUGUGCUAUUGAGGCUGUUAAUCGUUUUGAGGACCUGUAUGGAAAGGAUAUUUCAUUUGGUGGGUUGGUACUAAUUAAACCAAAAUUUUUACAAAUUGUUAACAGUGGUAGUAUAACACAUAAUAAGAACAAUAAUAGUCAUAUAUUAACAACGAAUGAUGAGCCUGAUCAUAUGUUAAUAACACAGAGCAGUUUAAAUGAAAAAUAUUCCCCUCAAAAAAGUAUAGAUAAUCAGGAUAUCGUAAUUAAUGAGGAUCAUACAGAAAAAGAACAUCCCUAUAGCACUUCCAAAGAAUUAAGUAAGAAAAAGGAAAGUAAAAUGAAUAUAAAAAAGUGCUAUCAAGCAAAUGUGUCUUCUCUAAGAGAGCAAGAAAACUUGGAUAAUACAAGUCAAAAAAAUAAUGUAAAUCAAAAUGGGAUGAAAAAAGAGAAAUUAAUAAAAAAAGAGGGAAAACAAACUAAGAGUAGGAAAACAGAUAAUAGAAGUAGUACCAGUAAAUCAAGUACUACUAGUUAUUGCUAUCAGUCUUAUAAUGGUAUUAUUACAUGUGAUAUGUCGUUGUUCUAUAGUGACAGUAAUGGUACUCAUAAUAACUGUUACAGUAUUGACAAUCACCAUGGCAGUCUUAAUGGAAAUCUUAACGACAAUCCUAAUGACAGUCGUACUAGUGAUGAACAUGCUCCAUCUGAAAACAAGGAUGUUCCCUAUUCCCUAAUAAAAAGAAUUUUAAAAGAUACUUUUGAUAUCAACCAUUCGAUUAACUCAAUUAAACCAUUGAAAUGCUCCAUUUUAAUUUUCCAUCCUGAAAAUUAUUCUUACAAAAAUUCAAGCUCACAUAUCCUCUUAAGUAAUGCUACAGAAUGUUAUAAAAAAGCUGUCUUUGCAUUUGAUUUUAUGAAUGAAGAUUUUGUUACAGCUUUUAAUUGGUUCUUUUCUCAAAAUUGCGAUUUUCAAAAAAAAGAAAAAUUGCUUAAAAAUUUAUUAUAUUUAUAUGUGCAUCCUACAUAUGGACAAUUAUACAGUAAUGCAAAUGAUGAAAUAAAUAAGGAAUCAAAUUGUAUCUUAGGGGAUGAGUAUUCUUACAAUUUAAAUAAUGACUUCAGCGAAAUUCCUAAGGUCAAUUUUGAUGGAGAUCCUAAUGAACCACGCAGUAACAGCACAAGAAAUAGCUUCAGCAACAAUAACAGCAAUUUAAAUAAUAAUACCAGUGACAGUGAUGAUUUGGUUAAUUACUACGAAAAAAAUAGUAAUUCUUGCUUUAGCAGCAAAAAUACCAUUCACAUUCCCAAUGAAAUUUUUACGUGCCCAGAAGUGAUUCAGGAGGAAAACAACUGA